AGUUUUAGGAUUCUUUUUCCACUUUUUUUAACAAUGUGAUAAAAUUCUCUCCAUACGUACCUUAAUUCUUGGAACUAUCAUAUUUUCUUUUUCUUUUGUUCUCUCUGAGCUUGUCUUAGAACGGCAGCUAUAUAUAUGUUUGAUUUUGAUUUUGAUUUUGUUAGGGUUUUGAUGAUCAGACAUGGUUCCGGGACUGAUUUCGUUUCGAGAAGAAGAAGAGCUUUCAGGGACUUCCAAGAUGAUCAAUAAGACAACAGAAGGAGGUAUCCGAAAACUUACCAGAGGUGACUACUUCACAUAUCUAAAGGCAGUAAGGGACGUACUUGAAGACGAAGAGAAAAUCUACCACGACUUCACUCAACUCCUGAAAGACUAUAGUACCCAAAGACUUGAUCUUGAAAGUGUGAUAGAUAUGGUGAAAAAUUUAUUUGAAGGGCAUCCAGAUUUACUAAUGGGUUUCAAUACCUUCUUGCCAAAGGGAUAUGAAAUCACCAUCACACCAACCACUCCUGAUUUCGUAUCCGAAGAAGCUCUCACUUUUGUGAAAAGGGUAAAGGCACGAUUUCAAGAUGAAUAUCAUGUUUAUCUAUCUUUUAUUGAAAUCUUAAAAGGUGAAAACAAGUCCAGAAUUUUCCCAAAGGUUGCAGCACUUUUCCGAGAUCACCCAGACUUGAUUGAUGAAUUCACUCACUUUCUUCCAAGUGAACCUUCCUGUUCUAUUGACCUCUCUAACUGUGAGACUUGCACUCCAAGUUACCAUGUUUUGCCAGAGGAUUACCCGAUUCCUGCUGCUACCCGAAGAACAUUGCUUGAUUCUCAAGUACUGAAUGAUCGAGUCUGCAUCACUCCUUCAGCUGCUUCCUGUUCAAGAGGAAUACACAAAAGCCGAUGUGAGCAGAGCCUAUUUCAGUGUGAAAAUGACAUGUUCGAACUUGAUAUGUUGUUAAGUUCUGUGAAUUCAACGAUAGGGAGUGUGGAACAGCUAAUACAGAAGAUUGAAAACAAUAGUAUUAGUGCAUCAAUUUGUCUUGAAGAUCACUUGACGGUUCUCAAUCUGAGGUGCAUUGAGAGAUUGUAUGGUAAACAAGGGCUUGAAGUGGUGGAUCUGUUGAGGGAAAAUGCUGAUGCGGCUCUGCCUGUUAUAUUAGUCCGACUGAAGCAAAAGCAAGAAGAGUGGGAACAAUGUCGCUCGGAUUUUAGUCAAGUUUGGGCUCAAGUAUAUGCCAAGAACCUUAACAAUCAAGCUAAUCAUGAUGUUUAA